GCCUUUGCACCUCGCUAUUAUCCAUGAGCAGACAGCUGUGAUCAAGCAGCUGAUUGAGGUCAUUGUUAGCAUCCCCAGCCAGCAGAUCAUCAACAUCUCCAACAACCUGCAGCAGACGCCACUGCAUCUGGCAGUCGUCACCAAGCAGCCCCAAGUGGUCCAGCUCCUGCUGCAAGCCCGCGCUGACCCCACCUUGCUGGACCGCUACGGCAAUUCCCCGCUGCACUUGGCACUCCAGGCUGGUGAUGAAGAGAUGCUGAGGACGCUGCUGGCCCACUUGGGCUCAGCUGCCCCUUACCUGCUCCGCCUGCCCAAUUUCCAUGGCCUCCUGCCUGUGCACUUGGCCGUGAAGGCAAAGAGUUUGGCCUGCCUGGACCUGCUGGUCAGGAAGGGAGCGGAUGUGAACGCAGUGGAGAGGCAGGGUGGGAGGACCCCACUGCACCUGGCCGUGGAGAUGGAGAACCUGAACAUGGCCACCCACCUAGUGAAGAAGCUGGGAGCAGAUAUCAACAGCCGGACUUUUGCUGGGAACACUCCCCUGCACCUGGCUGCUGGCCUGGGCUCACCCACCCUCACCAAACUGCUCCUCAAAGCUGGGGCAGAUGUGCUGUGUGAGAAUGAUGAGCCACUGGCAGGGGGCAGCCUGGGGGGGCUGCUGGAGGCGCUGGACUCCAUGGGGCUCCGCAAGGCCGUGAGGAUGCUCCACAAAACAGAGGCGCUGGAGAAGCUGCAAAGCACAGGUAUGGGGAGUGAGGGUCUCAUGGAGGGGUCCCUGCUGCCCUCCUGA